UCAAGCAAUCAAGUCUCAUUCGCAACUUUCAGUUUUUCUGUUUUCAGUAUUUUCCUUAGCUAUUUCAGUUGGUUUUGGUGAGAAAAAAUCAAUAAGAAUGACUGAAAUUUAAGUAGAAGUCGACCGGAAACUUGUUUACAGAACACAGUGUUAUUUGUGUUUUUCACUGUGAUAAUUUGGUAAUGGACGCGACAUUGUGUGAUUAUGAAGAGGGCGAGAUACCGAUUUGGCAGGAGCCCAGAUGCGAGCCCUUGGGAGCACCCAAGGAAACUCUUUGUGACGAAAUACCUCCAGAACAAGUCUCGGGUGAAAGAAUACACGCAUUGGAAGAGGAACAGGAGCUCCUGUCUUCAUCUGUGUUUUCUUUGACAUCUCAUUUGGCGCAAGUUGAAUUUCGUUUACGACAAAUUUUAAAGGCUCCACCGGAAGAAAAGGAUGCUAUGUUACAUGCCCUGGAGGAGUUUACCUCCCGAGGAGUCGAUUCUAGGGGAGUUCCUCAAGGAAGCACAGGAGAAUCGUCUUGUACGGAAUGCACGGAGUUGGAAAGGAAAAUCCGUAGUCAGAGAACAAGGCAGUCACAUUUUAUCGAAAAGUUAAAAAUCCAGUUGAAAGAGCUUGAGAAUUUUGCUGCAGGUACAUCCUCCGAUGAUGAUAAUAAACAUAGAUCGCUAAUUGACCAUUUGAAAAGAGAAAUAGAUCGUAGUUUAGAGGAAGGAGUCCAUCAACCACUCACCACGGAGGAGCUACGACAUCAAAUAGACUGCGCCGUCCGCCAAUACGCAGACCGACAGCUGUCCAAAGAAGAAAUUAUCAGCAAACUCCAAGCCCAUAUCAAUGACAUGCAGAAAUUCAUAAAACUCAUGAAAAAUGAAGACAUCAACAGCAACAUAAAACCGAAGCCGAGGGAAUCGAAAAAAGUAGGCAAGUCAGAAUCGUUCGAGAAAAAUUUCCAUCACAACAAAGUCAAUGAUGAACUCAAAGCUGAAACCAUUAAUUUAAUGCGAAAAGCUUCAACAUUAAUUCAAAUUUUCACUGUUUCUCAAUUUGGUUGCUCUCCAAACCAGAGCAAAAAGUUUGAUAGGCAAUCGUCAACUAUUGUCACACAUUGGGGAAAUUUAAGAGCUAAAUUAGAAAUGUCAAUAGAAUCUGUACUCCAUAUAGUAUCCAGAGAGAGAUCUCAUACAGUCCCUGAUAGCUAUGACAGUGAAUCGGAGGAAGGGGGUAUUAUUAUAAAUGAUGCUCCACUUACAACUGCUGUGCGAAGACACCUGGCAAUAAAUUUGAGGGAUCUACUCCAACAUGGGUUGGUAAGCCCUGAGUCAACUUCCUUAGUUCCUAUAAUUGGCUGCUUUCCAGUUAGAAGAUCUUCAAUGUCCCGUUCCUUACAUAUAUGGGAAUUGAUUUUACGAUAUUAUGAAAUCAAUGAUGGAGAUAAGUUUAAUUCAACCCCAGCAAGGAAACUGAGUCAAAGUUUCAACUUGGAUAUAGUUGGGGGUACAGCAAUAACAAAUAAGCAAAGCUUACUCAGUGCUAUAGGUAGUAUUUUGGCUUCGCACACCCCUUAUAAAAGAAGUUAUGAUGCACAUUUCAAAGCAUUUGUUUGUGCUGCCCUAAACGCACAUAAACUUGUUUUGUGGUUUAAUAUUAUGUUAAAAUGUAGAGCUCUUAUUGAUUCCCAUUAUACCUCUACAAGUUAUGUUGUCAAUACUGGUUUCCAGGAUACCUUACAGAGCUUAGAUCGUCUGACUCCAUUUAAUUUUGAUCUGCCGGUUGACCUUGCGGUGAAACAGUUUCAAAAUAUCAAAGAUGUAUUUAUGUAGUUUAAGAGUACACUUUUAUACAUAAUCAAUGAAAUGCCUUCCACUGUAGCUAUGCAUGUAUGAUAGUUGUAAGAUGUUAUGAUAUGUAAGAUAACUGAUCUAGUCCAAAUAUAUCUAAAUAUUGACAUAAGCAACAAAAAAAAAAAAUAUUUUGUCUCAGUACAAUUAACCAUUGUAACCCAACCCAGUACAAUUAAAAGCAAUAAUAAGAACAAAUCAUAUUAAUAAAGAUUAUCGUUCUGAACAUGCCUAUAUAUAUAUAUAUAUAUAAUAUGUGUUACUUUUAUAUUGUAAGAAUGUACUUAUGCUUAACAUAAUAGAUUGUCCAUUUUAUUGACAGCUUGUUUGCUUAAAUAGGUAAAUACAUGAUGUAUUUUAGCCCACCAUACUGAAUUAGAGUUGUGUGGUGGGUCUGACUCUAAAACCCUGUCUCCCAUGAGAGGUCUGUGCCCAGCAGUGGGACAUAUAUAGGCAUGGAGGGACAUUGGUAGGUGCAUAUUUUAUUAGUUAGCCAAGUAAAAAGCAAUGUUUUUUCUCUUAUAUAUAUUAUAUACUUAUUUUUAAAAUAGCUGUUGACCAAAUAUAUUGAAUUGUUUUAGAUCUGAGAAUUGUAUAUACCAAAGAUUUACUUUUUAUUUUAGGAUAUAAAAUGUAGCAAUAGUAUUUGUUGAAUUGUAUAAUUUUGGACUUUUUUCAGGAUAUGUUUCACAGACUAGGAAUAUAAAUGUCUUUAACACUAAAGACAAUCUAAACUGAAUUAAAUUUUCAUUUAAAUGGGUCUAUAUCAUCUUCAUCUCAUAUUAUUUAUAACAGAAUCUGUUAAAUAUCCAAAAGAGGAGUUGAAUAUAUUACAAUCAAUGCAACAGUUCAGUAAACUAUCUAAGUAUAAAAUGUGUUGUAAUUCAUUUUGUUUCUUAAAACUUUGAUAUAU